GGUUUAAAAUGGAACCCUCCUCCAGAAGCAUCUUCCUCCUCGCGCCGCGGUGACGGCUACAUCACUGACCCGCCCCAUCAAUCCAUCCACUCAGCCUGGACGCCUCUUCCACCAACUCUGUCCAAGAUGACGUCCAGCAGCAGGUACCGGAGCCGCGUGCCUCGUGCAGAUGAUGCGGAGGAGAAAGAGUAUGUUGGAUUUGCAACAUUGCCCAAUCAGCUGCACAGAAAGUCGGUGAAAAAAGGGUUUGACUUCACGCUGAUGGUGGCAGGUGAGUCCGGCUUGGGUAAAUCAACGCUGGUGAACAGCCUCUUCCUCACUGAUCUGUAUAAAGAGAGAAAGCUGCUAAACGCUGAGGAGCGCAUCAAACAGACGGUAGAGAUCACAAAGCGUACCGUGGACAUCGAGGAGAAGGGGGUGAAGCUGAAGCUGACCAUCGUGGACACGCCAGGGUUUGGAGAUGCUGUUAACAACACAGAGUGCUGGAGGCCCAUCACCGACUACAUCGACCAACAGUUUGAACAGUAUUUCAGGGACGAGAGUGGACUGAACAGGAAGAACAUUCAGGACAACAGAGUCCACUGUUGUCUCUACUUUAUAUCUGCAUUUGGACAAGGGCUUCGUCCGAUUGAUGUAGAGUUCAUGAAGGCCCUGCAGGAUAAAGUUAAUGUAGUUCCUCUCAUCGCUAAAGCCGACUGCCUCACUCCACUUGAAAUUAAGAAACUCAAGGAGCGGGUGAGGGAAGAGACUGAUAAGUACGGGAUAAAAAUUUAUCAGUUCCCUGAGUGCGACUCGGAUGAAGAUGAGGAGUUCAAACAGCAAGAUAAAGAGCUGAAGGAGAGUAUCCCAUUUGCAGUCAUUGGUGGCAACACAGUGGUGGAGGUUCGAGGUCAGAGGGUGAGAGGGCGGCUCUACCCGUGGGGCGUUGUGGAGGUGGAGAACCCGUCCCACUGCGACUUUGUGAAGCUCAGGAACAUGCUGAUCAGAACACACAUGCAUGACCUGAAGGACAUCACCAACGACUGCCACUAUGAGAACUACAGGGCCCAGUGCAUCCAGACCAUGACAAGUAAGAUGAAUGCAGAUAAACGAGUGGAGAGUCCCAUUCCCAUCCUGUCGCUGUCCACACCAGACGUGGAGACAGAGAAACUCAUCAAAAUGAAAGAUGAAGAACUGAGGAGGAUGCAGCAGAUGCUUCAGAAGAUGCAGCAGCAGAUGCACGAGCAGGACCUGUGACCUCCCCCCCGUCACAGCAGUGAUAACUACACUUGCAGUUAACCCUUAAUUCUCCCCUCAUUUCAGCGAUGAAAUGAUGAAAUUUUCACUCACACGAUUCUCAACACUUCUCACAAAUAAACGGGAGAUGAA